CGUGGCGACAGAGGUGGAUUUGGCAAAUUUGAACGUGGUGGAAACAGUCGCUGGUGUGACAAAUCAGAUGAAGAUGAUUGGUCAAAACCACUUCCACCAAGUGAACGCUUGGAGCAGGAACUCUUUUCUGGAGGCAACACUGGGAUUAACUUUGAGAAAUAUGACGACAUUCCAGUUGAGGCAACAGGCAACAACUGUCCUCCACAUAUUGAAAGUUUCAGCGAUGUCGAGAUGGGAGAAAUUAUCAUGGGAAACAUUGAGCUUACUCGUUAUACUCGCCCAACUCCUGUGCAAAAGCAUGCUAUUCCUAUUAUCAAGGAAAAAAGAGACUUGAUGGCUUGUGCCCAAACAGGGUCUGGAAAAACUGCAGCAUUUCUUUUGCCCAUCUUGAGCCAGAUUUACUCAGAUGGUCCAGGUGAUGCUUUGAGGGCCAUGAAGGAAAAUGGGAGAUAUGGGCGCCGCAAACAAUACCCAAUCUCCUUGGUGUUGGCACCAACGAGAGAAUUGGCAGUACAGAUCUACGAGGAAGCCAGGAAAUUUUCAUACCGAUCUCGAGUUCGUCCUUGUGUGGUUUAUGGUGGUGCUGAUAUUGGCCAGCAGAUUCGAGACUUAGAACGUGGAUGCCACUUGUUAGUAGCCACUCCAGGACGUCUAGUGGAUAUGAUGGAAAGAGGAAAGAUUGGAUUAGAUUUCUGCAAGUACUUGGUAUUGGAUGAAGCUGAUCGGAUGUCGGAUAUGGGGUUUGAACCUCAGAUACGGCGAAUAGUUGAACAAGACACUAUGCCACCAAAGGGAGUUCGCCACACCAUGAUGUUUAGUGCUACUUUUCCUAAGGAAAUACAGAUGCUUGCUCGUGACUUCUUGGAUGAAUAUAUCUUUCUGGCUGUAGGAAGAGUAGGCUCUACCUCUGAGAAUAUUACACAGAAAGUAGUAUGGGUGGAAGAGUCAGACAAACGGUCAUUCCUACUUGACCUAAAUGCAACAGGCAAGGAUUCACUGACCUUAGUGUUUGUGGAGACCAAAAAGGGUGCAGAUUCUCUUGAGGAUUUCUUGUAUCAUGAAGGAUAUGCCUGUACCAGUAUCCAUGGAGACCGAUCUCAGAGAGAUAGAGAAGAGGCCCUUCACCAGUUCCGCUCAGGAAAAAGCCCAAUUCUAGUGGCUACAGCAGUAGCAGCAAGAGGACUGGACAUUUCAAAUGUGAAACAUGUUAUCAAUUUCGACUUGCCAAGUGAUAUUGAAGAAUACGUACAUCGCAUUGGCCGUACAGGACGUGUAGGAAACCUUGGUCUUGCCACCUCAUUCUUCAAUGAGAGGAACAUAAACAUCACCAAGGAUUUGUUGGAUCUUCUUGUUGAAGCUAAACAAGAAGUGCCAUCCUGGUUAGAAAAUAUGGCUUAUGAACACCACUACAAGGGUAGCAGUCGUGGACGUUCUAAGAGUAGUAGAUUCAGUGGAGGAUUUGGUGCCAGAGACUAUCGACAAAGUAGUGGUGCCAGCAAUUCUAGCUUUAGUAGCAGCCGUGCAAGCAGCAGUCGCAGUGGUGGAGGCGGUCACGGAAGCAGCAGAGGAUUUGGUGGAGGUGGCUAUGGAGGCUUUUACAACAGUGAUGGAUAUGGAGGAAAUUACAACUCCCAGGGGGUUGACUGGUGGGGCAACUGAACCUGCUUUACAGCAGGUCACCCUGCCAAACAAGCUAAUAUGGAAACCACAUGUAACUUAGCCAGACUAUACCUUGUGUAGCUUCAAGAACUCGCAGUACAUUACCAGCUGUGAUUCUCCACUGAAAAUUUUUUUUUUUAAGGGAGCUCAAAGUCACAAGAAGAAAUGAAAGGAACAGUCAGCAGCCCUGUUCAGAAGGUGGUUUGAAGACUUCAUUGCUGUAGUUUGGAUUAACUCCCCUCCCGCCUACCCCCAUCCCAAACUGCAUUUAUAAUUUUGUGACUGAGGAUCAUUUGUUUGUUAAUGUACUGUGCCUUUAACUUUAGACAACUUUUUAUUUUGAUGUCCUGUUGGCUCAGUAAUGCUCAAGAUAUCAAUUGUUUUGACAAAAUAAAUUUACUGAACUUGGGCUAAAAUCAAACCUUGGCACACAGGUGUGAUACAACUUAACAGGAAUCAUCGAUUCAUCCAUAAAAACUAUAAGGAAAAAAACUUAUGCAGUAGCCUGCAUUAGGGCUUUUUGAUACUUGCAGAUUGGGGGAAAACAACAAACGUCUUGAAGCAUAUUAAUGGAAUUAGUUUCUAAUGUGGCAAACUGUAUUAAGUUAAAGUUCUGAUUUGCUCACUCUAUCCUGGAUAGGUAUUUAGAACCUGAUAGUCUUUAAUCAAGCCA